AUGUCUGAACGACUAUUCCGAUUCUACUUACCACGCAUCUCGUCCACAACCCUCCGUGCAGGAGGAGUGUACCUUGCUGGAGCAUUGUAUUCAGCAGGAUUCUAUGCCAUGCUUGACUCUGCUCUAUUCUCAAGUCAUGGCAAUGCCUCGACAGUGCAUGUCAAAUUCGCUGACUGGUUACCAUUCAUUCUGUCAUCUCUGGGUAUGCUGGUUAUCAACACAGUAGAGAAGUCUCGGCUCACGUCUGAAUCAUUCUCAUUCGGCUCGUCCGACGGAUACUCCUCGUCAGCCGACUGGCAAGCUAAAGUCAUUCUAUUCCUUGGCUUUGCACUUUUGGCUGGUGGUCUGUCAGGCUCAGUAGUAGUACUGAUUCUCAGAUACGUGGUACCCAACUACCCGAUGCCCACCAUAGGCAUGGGUAUCUCCAAUGUCGUCAGCAACGCUGCUGUGACCCUCAGUUGCAUCUCCCUAUGGCUCGCUCAGAACCUGGAAGACGAGUACAGCUACUCUCUACAACUAUGA